GCGCCGAAUGCGAUGCACAUAUAGUGUUGCGUAAUUAUGCCAAUGAUGAAAUGCUGGUAAUGGUAACAACAAAAGGCUCAUCAAAAAUCGCGGCCCAUGGUUUACCUAUGUGGCAAUCUGUCCAAAUUAAGAGAAACUUUUCAGUGUUUGAUUAUAAUAGUAAAAUGAUAAUCCAAUUGAUUCCUAAAUUGAAUAAGCACAGCUCGAAUCCAUUGUGGGCGAUAGCGAAUGUUCGUCAAUGUCCCCAAAAUGGAGCUUUGAGAAAGGGCAUUAUGAUUUCUAAUCAAGAUUGGGACAGUCAUAGUAGUUACUUUUGGCCGAUUGAGACAUGUCAAAAAUUAUUUUACGAUGAACAUGCCGUCGUGAAUCAUUUAUUGCGCAUGAAAUCAGAUAUAAACUUGGAAGAUGCAAACUGCCUUCAAGGCAAAAUUGGGCCACAAUGUUUAUUUUCUUGCGAACCUGAUUUGAAUAGUAACUCUGACUGUAAAGGAGCCAAAAUUUGUUACGAAAAUGGUUGUACGUGUGCUCCGGGUGUUUUAGGAGAUGAUUGCCUUGAAUUUUGUGGUACAUACACAUAUGGUUAUGGUUGCAAAAAAACAUGCGGCAUGUGCUUCAACAAGAAACAAUGUAAUAUAGCAACUGGAGUGUGUAGUAAAGGUUGCGACAAUACUGACAAUAACAUUAUUUACAUACCACCUUUAUGUCAAACAAAUGUAGACAGGCCCGACAUACCUACUAUUAUUUUCGUGAAUGAGACGACUAUUCACAGAUCGGAAGA